CUGGUGUGUGGUGUGUGAACAUCGCCACUGGCGGGACAAAGGCGGCCGGGCGUCGUGAAUCCAAGUCCCGGGCGAAUCCGUGGUAAGUUAAGCUAGUAACAGUAUAAACCUAUGGCAGACAGAGACAAAGCAAGCACAGAUGCAUCUGGACCGCAUGCAAUCUCUCAGGUAAAACACAAGCGUCGCCCAAAGGCAGGCAAUCGAAUUUUAAUGUACGAACUCCUAUAGGACGUUGCCGAGAGAAUAAAACUACGUGCAGAAAUGCAAGUGUUUGCCCGAUGCCAGUAAGUCCAUGAGCAUGAGCUAUGACCACAACGCCCCCGAUCACGAACGUGGCAGCAGAAACCAAAAGGUCGAGGGUCAACUCCACCCGCGGUGUCCGUGCGGUUAGAAGGGAGAGGGGGUGCUUUUUGUGCCCGUGUGAAUUAUAUUUCCCUUCGUAUGUGUGUUGUGUUGUUGUUUCCUGUAGCAAGAACUUCCUGUUGCAACAGUGUGUUGAAGCAGCCAGUGUGAAACCAACAGUUAGAGAGGCACAAGAAAGGCUCAGGGCACACGCAUGCUGAAUGUUGUCCUUUCACCGCACCUCCGAUUAGCACGGUUUGCUAUGUACGGUGCGAAAGAAGUUCAGCAUAUAUGAAUACAAAUGAUCAACCAUCUGGUGUUUCUCACACUCUCACAAGUGUCUACGCGUCUGCAGGUACCAGAUAUGUUGGUUGUUAUCCCUGCAAAGUACUUGCGUUUGUGUAUAUAUAUAUUUUAAACGUGAAUUGUAUUGCAUUAAAAACUACAGCAUACAGAUUUUUUGCAUGCGUUAACGUUUAUAUGUACAAAUUGUAUGUAUUGUUGCGAGUUAAAAAAUAUUACCAUUUAAGAAUUUUUAAUUUCUUGGUCAAUGUAGCUAAUGUAUAAUGUUGGCUUGAAAAUAAUUAUGCUGUGUAAGUACAAAGCUUAUAGAGUAGUGGGGAAAAUUGAAAUUUGUAAAAAGUGCAUGAGGAGAGGUCUGUCUCGGGCCUCAUUAUUCUCCUACUUUCAUUUUAAACCCAACCCAAGCAUGGAAUAAUAGCUUUCAAGAGCUGAUCCCUGUGCAAAAAGCAGACCCAUGACGACUCUUUGAAAGACAUGGUAAAUGCCCACACCUGAUUGUAACACUCCAGCCGCAACCAUUUGCGCGAAUGUCAUCGACUCGGCAAUGCACAAUACGCACGGGCACGGCUCAAUGUCGUUCUAAAAAUUCCACGCGCACGUUAACUUUUGCAUUUUGUGUGCGGCGUCAUUCCACAGGGUUGAGCCUUCCUCAUGAUGUGGCCUCGAGGAGGGAGAUGAAACACUUUUUAUUAAACAUAACCAGGAGGUGCCUUGGUUAUAAUUAUCUUCCUCCAACUCGAAUCGAACAAGGCACUGUGACACUGCGGAAAGUGAUUGUGUUGAAGAGCUACCUGCGAGUGGAUGAAGGGAAUGCUCUUGACUCUGGCACAGCUCCGCCCUUGUACGCAUCUCAAAACAUUAUGAGGCUCACACAAUAACCUCAUUUUCCAUGUUUCCCCCCCCCACAGCCCAAUUAAAUCGUAUGUUGCUAGGUGAUGCUUUGCAUUGAGCGGACAAGCGAGCGCCUAACGACAAGUUCUGGUAAACCAAGUGCUCAAAUACACACAGCGCACCGAAGAAGCCCCACCACCACCACCACCACGUGCGCGCUUGAACCUCUCCCCCUGAGUGUUGCGUGGGCUGUACUCCUGCGAUUCCUGGUCGAUGGCGAGCCUGGCCGCCGGAGACGAGGGGGUCGUGACAGGAGCUGCGGUUGUGGCGGCAGGCGGACUUGUUGCAAGCGGUAGCGGUGGCAGUGGUGCCGCGUCGUGCAGAGCAUUAACGAGAGCACCGGGGGGCUCCAUGUGCGAGACCCCUCCGUGGAAUCGGCGGCCGAGCCUGCUGUGGAACCUGGAGCCGGACGAGAUGAGGGACAAGGUCCGAGAGCUCUUCCUUCUCUGCGACAAGGAGGACAAAGGCUUCAUCACCAAAAGGGACAUGCAGAGGCUUGAGGCCGAGCUGCCCCUGAACCCCGAGCAGCUGGAGGACGUCUUUGAGAAGCUGGACUGCCACAUGCAGGGAUACCUCACCCUGGCCGAGUUCACCCAUGGCCUGGGUCAGUAUCUGGGCCUGCAAAGCCUCGUGACUAAGGGAGAGCAGGUCCCUAAAUUUGCUGAAAAACAUCUUCCCGUCCUGACGUGGGGCGACAGUGAGAGCGACCUCUGCCAAGAAGAUGAGCUCCAUUUCUCUCGCCUCAUGGACAGCUUGGGCGCUCGCAACGUCUUUGGCGAGCAGGAUGAGGUGCGCGCCUUGUGGACCCGCUUACGCAGAGAUGAGCCGGAGCUUCUGAACAAUUUUGAAGGCUUCCUCUCCAGGGUGUCCCUGCUGAUCCUGCAGGCCAAGCAGGAGAAAGCCACUGUGGAACGUAUACUCCAAAAGAGGAAUGGCGACCAUGACCGCGAGGUGCAGCACCUGUACGAGGAGAUGGAGCAGCAGAUGAAGAGUGAGAAGGAGAAGCUCUCCAGCCAGGAUGCUCGGAGGCUUCUGUGCCGUAGCCAAGAACUCGAGGCUGAGUUGGACGCGAAGGAACAGGAGGUGAAGAAUAUCCGGACUAAGCAAAAACAGCUGGAGCGGGCGCUGACCGAGCUGAACUCGGAGCGGUCGGAGACGCGGCAGCAGAACGAUCGCUUGCGGCAGAGCAACGAGGAGCUGGAGGAGCGGCUGGCGCAGGUGCGGCGGGAGCUGAGUGACGCCCUGACCCUCAUGGAGCAGCUACCGGCAAGGCUUUCGACGGUCGCAUCGUCGCCUGUGGCUCCACGCGACACCCAGGAGGCGAGCUCGUCCACUGCCGUGACAGUGCAGAGCGAGACGUCCAUUCUCCUCAAGCAGCUUGACAUGCUCCGAGACAUGAAUAGAUAUCUGAGAGAUGAAAAGGAUUCUUUUGAAAAUUGCAAGCAGGGCCGUUGCACGUGUCAAUCAGGACACAAACCUGCCGCACCCAUGGGAAACCACGCUCCUCUUGUGCGCGAGGGCUCCAUCAUUGGAGACUACCUGCAAGACAGCAAGUCUCCACGAAGAAGCAUUCUUUACCGACAAACAGCGGCGCAGAACGUUAACCAGUGCAGUGAGGAUUCAUCUACAGCUGCCAUUGAGUCUCAGGGCCAGGUAGAGGACGAUGAGGAGGAGGAGGAGGAAGAUGAAGCGGAGUCCACUGGAGGCCUGCCAGGGACGCCGCGUGGAUGUCCAGCAGGCAAAGAAUACCAGGAAUUAGGGUGUGGACAGAUGCCACCUGACCGGAUUUUCAAGGUUGUUCUUGUUGGUGAGUCUGGCGUAGGGAAGAGUUGCUUCAUCCAGCAGCUCUGCCAGAAGCGCUUUCUUCCCGGCAUCUGUGCCACUAUUGGAGUGGAUUACCACAUCAAGACCCUCACCGUGGGAGAUUUUCGUAUCGCUUUGCAGCUUUGGGACACAGCAGGGCAGGAGAGGUUCCGCAGUAUCACCAAGCAGUACUUCCGCAAAGCAGAUGGUGUGCUGGUGAUGUACGACAUAACCAACGAGUUUACCUUUAAAUCCGUACGGAACUGGAUCAUCAGCCUUCAGGAGAAGGUGGAGGAGGACGUGGUCGUGUUUUUGCUCGGCAACAAAACGGACGCGGUGGAGGACGAGGGCCGUCUCGUAAGCACCGCGGAGGGCAAGAGGCUCGCUGAGGAGUACGGAGCAGUGUUUUACGAGUGCAGCGCGAGACUGGCACUGAACAUAGAGGAACCCAUCGCGCACAUGGCCAGGUUACUUACGGAACAGGAGGACAGGCACAAGGAGAAGGUGCUGCACCUGCCAGAAAAGUUUUCCGGAGUGAGGAGGCAAAGCGAGAAGAAAAACCAGUGCUGUGCUUAGCGCGCCACUCUGGCAGUUGCAUCCGGCGUGAAAAUGUGGCUGAAUAAACCCCCAGCGUGUGCAGCUGCUGUUUAUUCAUGGAGUUAACCGUAAAUUUAACGCAAAUGUUCUAGCUACGGGUGUUUAAGUGCAAGGUACGUGUAAUGUCAUAUGAUAGUGCACAAAUGCAUGUGGCAAUAAUGGAACAAAUACGGCUCAAGUGUUGGUGGCGUUCGCCGAUGCAGUACGUAAUAGGGUUGUAACGAUGUAUGAACAAUAUGAUAAAUCUGUGGUAUGACUCCAUCCAUGAAAAUGUUAAUUGGAAGGCGUUCCAAUUAUAGGAGCUAUCGGCGACUUUACAGAUCCUGCAGAAAAUCGGAGUCGUGGGUAACAGGUCCGCAGACAGCAGUUUUACUGUACAGUAUUUUGAUUUGUAUAUGCUUAAAUUAGUUAUUGCGAACCCCUGCAAUCACUCGAGGCAUUUACAUUAAUAGCACUCGUCAAAAACAAAUUGAUCCUUAAAUUAAAUUAUGAGAUUGUAAUUCAUUUAAUUUCUGGGUAAAUGGAGAGAAUCGUUACACCCCUUGAUAUUUGCCAUAGGAUCAAGGAAGAACAUAUUUCUGCCGCAAGCAAUGUUUGAGCAUAGGUUUAACUUAUUUUUUUGACUAAAAUUAAGCUUGUUAAGUAUUGCUUUACAGUUGGUUUAGCAUUCAUCUGAAGUCACAGCUAGUGCAGGACUGUACGUAGUUUGCUCACAGUAUUAAUUCACAUGCCUUGCUGGUUCAAGUCAAUGUUGUUUUGUCCAAUGCAGUGUAAGACAAAAAAAAGGUUUCUCCUCUAAAACAGCACGAUAAAUUAAAGAUGUAUUUUUUAAAAAAACGAGAAUGAAAAUAACUGCAAUUUGCUAUUUUGUUGAAAUAUUGUUGUCUCAAUGUUACCGGUUUGCGUUGUAACCAGUGUUUGUGUAUAUUUGUUUAAAAUCAAUUUGAACAAAUGUUGUACAUGUCCAGCCUAUUAUGUAAAAUCCACGUUAAGAC